AUAGUGUGGUAAUUGACAACUGACUCCGAUAUCCGACGUCAUUUACGUCAUCUGCUCACUUUCUCACAUAUAUCCCUAUUUUUCCUUUUUCCAGCCAUUUUUUGGUGGUCUCUGAAUUUUUUUCCCAUCAUUAAGUAUAAAAAAAUACUUUUCAAAGAAAAUUUUCCAAUACUUUUAUAUUACAAAACUAUAAAAUAACCAACUCAUUAAUAACACGCUAACCUAUAAAAUAUGGCUCGUACUAAGCAAACUGCUCGUAAAAGUACCGGAGGAAAAGCUCCUAGGAAACAACUCGCUACGAAAGCUGCUCGUAAAUCUGCACCAGCUACAGGAGGAGUCAAAAAACCUCACCGUUACAGACCUGGUACUGUAGCUCUGCGUGAAAUCAGACGUUAUCAAAAGUCUACUGAACUUUUGAUCCGCAAGUUACCUUUCCAACGUCUUGUUCGUGAAAUUGCACAAGAUUUUAAAACGGACUUACGCUUCCAAUCUAGCGCUAUUGGUGCUCUUCAAGAAGCUGCAGAAGCAUACUUAGUGAGUCUUUUUGAAGAUACAAAUCUUGCAGCUAUUCAUGCUAAACGCGUUACUAUUCAACCUAAGGAUAUUCAAUUGGCCCGUCGUCUUCGUGGUGAACGCUCUUAAAUUUAUAAACCCUGAUAUUUGGAUGCUCAUGAUUUCUUGAUAUAUUCGUGUCAUUUUACUCUUUAUAGUAAUUUUUUACAAUUAAUUCGCAUAAGCUUAUUUUAGUAAUUUUUUUUUUACUUCUCGUAUAAAAUUAUACUUUGCUUUAUUUUUUUUACCCCUUUAAACAUAGACUGUUUCUUGGGAAUUAUAUUCUUUAUCUUUUGUUGUAUCAAUGUGUUAUAAAAUAAAAAAACAUGCAUCAUAGAUCUUGUUUCUGUGCGUGUAU